AUGUUCAACAAGAAGACUAAUAAAUACGUAUUAUGGAUGCACAUCGACAGCUCGAACUACGGCGAAGCUAAGAUUGGUGUUGCAACUGGCGAUAGUGUGUGCGGAAAGUACACAUACCUUCGCAGCGAACGCCCACUUGGAUUCGAAAGUCGCGACUCUGGCGUCUACGUCGAUGACGAUGGUAAAGGAUACCUCCUAACCGAAGACCGCCAAAACGGCCUACGCAUCAACGAGCUUUCUGACGACUAUCUCACAAUCACCCGCAACGUGCACACCUGGGCCGAGAAAUACGAGUCUCCUACAGUCGUCAAAAAGAAUGGUGUAUACUUCCAUUGGAAGAAGUUCGCAGACUCCGGAUCUAACACCUUCAUGUAUAUGGGUGAUCGUUGGUUCAGUGGCAAUUUGAUGCGGAGCACGUACAUCUGGCUACCACUUAAGAUCGAUGGGACGACCGCGAGCAUGAAGAAUGCAGUGAACUGGGUGUUGGACCCGAGCACUGGCAGUAUGAAUGCUGGGCCCGAGGAAAAGCAAGCAGAGGGCGAGUCCGGCACAUUGUCUAACGGCGCGAAAGUACAAUCAUGCUCGAGCUGCUCGGGCGGGAACGCUGUUGGGUACAUCGGAGGCUCGACUGGAGGGGCGGUAGUAUUGGCGAAUGUGCAGAGUGCAUCGAGUACAAGGACGACUUUGAGAAUCAAGCAUUUGAAUGGUGACAACGGUCAACGAGUGGCAGAUGUCAGUGUCAAUGGGAAGACGCAGAGGGUGGCUUUCUUGCCGCACGGAGGAGGUGAUCCAGGCACGAGUGUGGUACAUGCGGAUUUGAAGCAGGGAAAUAAUGAGGUCAAGAUCAGUAUGCAGGGAAGUUGGGGACCGGACGUGGACAGGAUCAUGCCCGAGCAAAACCAGAUCAACUCCGGCUUCUUGAAGCUCCCAGGCGAACUCAGGAACGAAAUCUACUCCUACGUCAUUUACCCAACUCUGCGAUCUAUCACCAUCGCCAUCACUCAGAAGCGCAAGGCCCGCCACUUUUCCGAAUCUGUGCUCAACCCUGGCGUCUUCCGCAUCUGUCACCAAGUCCGGGCAGAAGCCAUCUCCUACUUGUGCUCCGCCAAGCACCUCAAGAUCUGUGGCUCUGACGCUGCUAUCGCCUUCUUUGACGUCCUCGGUGAUGGAAUCCGAGGCGUGAAGCGCAUAUCAAUUGCGCAGCCGAUCCGGCAGGGUCGCCCUCUUCCGCCCGAGCAGAUUGACAUGCUCUUCUACUAUCUCGACCAGGCUGCAUCGCUCAAGUACUUCAAGAUAGAGAUGGGCAAGAUCGGCGCUCCAUACGGCUGGUCGAAGGACAUCAUUGGUGAAGAUUGGGUGUUUUUGGAGAAGGUGUCGGAUUUUGUCAAGGAAAAAGAUGGGAUGAAGUUCAUGUGGGAGGCAGGCGCAUAUGACUCUCGCGCCGUAGAUAAGAAUUGGGUCCUUAGCCAAACCGCCAGGGCCAACGGCAUCAGAGAGCUACUGGGGAUGGACCAUGAGGGUUGGGGUUCUGGGGACGUCAUACGCCUUUGGUAG